UUUUAACUUUCUCAUCUUUAGUCUUUCAAAUCAAAUGACACUCUCGCGGUUGACCAUAUCUAACAGUCGAGCAGUCUGUCUCUUGGUAAAUUUUUGAAAAAAUGACAGCUUUACACGCCGCUUUUACUAAAAUACCGUUCAAGUGCACUGAGAGGAGAUACAGAGAGGAGAGUGUAUGUUAUUAUGUAUGCACCAGAUUGGAGGAAGGUUCAUGUGGUCCAUCAUGAAAUCUAGUUGAAUGGAAAUAUGGAAUAUAGGAGAGAUUUGAAAUCUAGGGCUUUGUUUAUAUGAAUUUGAUUGGUGUGUUAUAAGUUAUAACGCAAUAACUUACUUGAAACCAUAUUCAUGCUUCUUUCUUUCCAUUUGUUUGGUGACAUUGGGCUUUAAGAAUGAAGGCGGUGCUAUGCAUUUGCAGAUUGUGUAUCAGCCUAUCAGGUGAUACCCAUCUCUUAAAUGCGUGUCAUGUGCAUAUUACUCCUCUCAUGAAUGCGUAUUUUGUCUUUAUAAAAAAGGAAAAAAAGUAAAACUAUAGCAUGAUACUCCUAUGAAUGCGUAAUAGGUAAUACCCUAUUCUCGGAUGCGGGACAGGUUGGUAUUUAUGGCCAUAAAUUUCAGUUCUGAUAUUUUUGUCAAUGGGUAUGUUAAAAACAGGUUGCAAAAAGGAACUGAUGUCUCUGAAGGAGAUAUGGCUGGAGGCUCCGACCGUCACCAGGUCAAGCGCAAGAGAGUCAAGGAGUGGUCUUCCGCUUGGAUAGAUGAAUACGGGAAGAAACUGGCUCUUAGACAUGCAAAGAGGGCUUUGGAGUUUUAUGAAAAGAGCCAGGAUGAUGCUGAGUUUGAAAUUUUGGAAGUCCUGAAUAGAAGUAAUUCGAGAUUGCAACACCCUGAACACCCUGAAUAUAAGAGUUCAAACUUAUGGUCUCAUAUCAGCUUCAUUGCUAAACUGAAGAAAGCUGACUGCAAUGUCUCUCCAACACACUUCUUUUGUGAAUUCUUUAGAGAUGUCGAUGCAAGGGAAACUACUGUCACGUACUGUUCUACAUUUCAGCCUAGCGAUGAUCCUGGGUUCAAUCAUGUCUGUAUAUUUUGCCCACGUGGUCUGAAAUUUCAUCCUUCUGAUGGAUAUUGUGUUGGUCGUCCCCCAUGGCGUAGACGUAGUAGACAUAACGUGGGAUAUGUUCAACCGCCAUGGGUGAAUCGGAAAGCUUAACUUAUGUUUAAUGGACUGGGGCACCCUGUGACUGUGGCUAGUAUCUAUAGGCCGGGAACAAGAUUAGAAGCUUUGGUUUAUAUUUAUUGGUCUUAACUUAUUGAGCUCAGUUUAAGACUUGUUGUCUUUUGAUCAUGUGUAAAUUGCAUGUGGCAGUCGAUAGACUUGACUUGUACAUUUAUAUAUUUAUUGGUGUUUUAAUCUGUCUAUUGAUUUAA